AUGUCAGCUGUGGUCCUGGAGAGCCGAAGAGGCCUUUCCAGGAAACUCUCUGAUUUUGGCCAGGAAACAAGCUACAUUGAAAACAACAACUCCAAUGAAAAUGAUGCCAUCUCACUGAUUUUCACACUCAAAGAAGAAGUUGGUGCGCUGGCCAAAGUCUUGCGCUUAUUUGAGGAGAAUGAAAUAAAUCUGACUCACAUUGAAUCCAGACCUUCACGCUUAAAGAAAGAUGAGUAUGAAAUCUUCACCAGUCUGGACAAGAGAAGCAUGCCUACUCUGGCCAACAUCAUUAACACCUUGAAGCAUGAGAUUGGUGCCACCGUGCAUGAGCUUUCUCGAGAGAAGAAGAAAGACACAGUACCCUGGUUCCCAAGGACCAUUCAAGAUCUGGACAGAUUUGCCAACCAGAUUCUCAGCUAUGGAGCGGAACUGGAUGCAGACCACCCCGGCUUUAAAGAUCCUGUGUAUCGAGCAAGACGGAAGUAUUUUGCUGACAUAGCCUACAACUACCGACAUGGGCAGCCCAUCCCUCGAGUGGAAUACACAGAGGAGGAAAAGAAAACUUGGGGGACGGUGUUCAAGACCCUGAAGUCCUUGUAUAAAACCCAUGCUUGCUAUGAGCACAACCACAUCUUCCCACUUCUGGAAAAGUACUGUGGCUUCCGUGAAGAUAACAUUCCUCAGCUGGAGGAGGUGUCUCAGUUUCUGCAGAGUUGCACUGGCUUCCGUCUCCGACCUGUGGCUGGCCUGCUCUCCUCUCGGGAUUUCCUGGGUGGCCUGGCAUUCCGAGUCUUCCACUGCACCCAGUACAUCAGACAUGGGUCCAAGCCCAUGUAUACACCUGAACCUGACAUCUGCCAUGAACUGCUGGGACAUGUGCCCUUGUUUUCAGAUCGCAGUUUUGCCCAGUUUUCCCAGGAAAUUGGCCUUGCCUCUUUGGGUGCACCUGAUGAGUACAUUGAGAAACUCGCCACGAUUUACUGGUUUACUGUGGAGUUUGGGCUCUGCAAACAAGGAGACUCCAUAAAGGCAUAUGGCGCUGGGCUCCUGUCAUCGUUUGGUGAAUUACAGUACUGCUUGUCGGACAAGCCCAUACUCCUCCCUCUGGAACUGGAGAAGACAGCCAUCCAGGAGUACACGAUCACAGAGUUCCAGCCCCUGUAUUAUGUGGCUGAGAGUUUUAAUGAUGCCAAGGAGAAAGUAAGAAACUUUGCUGCUACAAUCCCACGGCCCUUCUCAGUUCGUUAUGACCCAUACACCCAAAGGAUUGAGGUCUUGGACAAUACCCAGCAACUUAAGAUUUUGGCUGACUCCAUCAACAGUGAAGUUGGAAUCCUUUGCAGUGCCCUCCAGAAAAUAAAGUGA